AUGUCUCAAUUGCUUCCAACUAACUUUGUCCCAUUACAUUAUGAAGUAUUUAUUAAACCAUAUCCAUCGCAAAGAAAAUUUAUCGGAAAGACAGUCUUGACACUAUUGUGCACAACAGGAACAAAUGUAAUAGUGAUGAACGCCGUCAAUUUAAAUAAUAUAUGUGCUGUAUUACAAGAAGAAUGUGAUCAUUUAAAAAUUACAGAGAACCCUACUUAUGAGCAAAUAACACUGACUUCAAACAACAAGUUUAAUUUGGGGGAACACCAGGUGACAAUUCAAUAUGAAGGAAGACUUCCAGAUGACGAGUUGUGUGGAUUUUAUCAAUCGAAAUAUACAUUCAACGGUAAGGAAAAGGUCAUUUGUUGCACUCAGUUCUGUCCGUCUUCUGCACGUCGUGUUUUCCCAUGUUUGGAUGAACCAAAUUAUAAAGCAACUUUUUCAAUCAUCUUAGAGGUACCUCCAACAGAUGAUUGUUUUUCAAAUAUGCCAAUAAAGUCAGUCGAAUUAACUGAACAAACAAAGAAAGUGACUUUCGAGACAACACCAAAGAUGUCGACUUAUAUAUUAGCUUUUGUCACCGGAGAGUUCACAAGUUACACAAAAGUUGGUAAAAAUGGCAUCCAGCUUGGUCUGCAUUUUGCCCGGAAUCACAAAAACAUCUCCCGCUUUGCUCUUGAAGUAAUGGAUAAGUGUUUGUCGCUUUAUGAGUCUCAGUUCAAAAUUAGAUAUCCACUCACAAAGUGUGAUUGGGUUGCUCUUCCUGACUUUGAGUGUGGCGCGAUGGAAAAUUGGGGUAUAAUAACUUCGCGAGAGACCGAAGUUUGUUUAAAAGAAAACGCAUCAACACAGGCCAAAAAGCGGUCAGCAAGUGUUGUGUGCCAUGAGUUAGCCCAUAUGUGGUUUGGUGAUUUGGUGACGAUGAAGUGGUGGGAUGACAUUUGGUUGAAUGAGGGAUUUGCAAGUUACGUUGGCACUUUAUUUGGUGUUUCCACCUUGUUUCCCGAAUGGAGAAUGGAAGCAGCAAAUGUAGUUGAGUCUUUAAUACCUGCGCUUGAGUCUGAUGGAAGUAUCAACACCCAUCCCAUUUGUAUUAAAGUUGAUAAAGCAAGUGACGUACAACAAGUCUUCGACUUGAUAAGUUACAACAAAGGAAGUGCAUUGAUAAAUAUGAUAGUGAAUUAUGUUGGAUUUGACUCCUUUAUGAAUGGGGUAACUGCCUAUCUUAACAAAUUUUUAUAUCAAAAUGCGACAAGCGAUGACAUGUGGGAUUGUGUUGGAAAUGUGUGUGGAAUUGAUUUGAAAGAAGUUGUACAGGAAUGGACAUACGCUUCUGGGUUUCCAAUGGUCAGUGUUCGUUUAGAGAGAGGUAAACUAUACUUAGAACAAGAGAGGUGUGGAGUAUUAAGUGAUCAAAUCUGGCAAAUACCAAUGAUCUUGUCGUAUGAGAACAAAGUUGUAAAAUACAUUUUUAAAGACAAAAAAUCGGUUAUUGAAUGGCAAUAUCCCUAUGUAAUUGCUAAUGCUAAAUCAAGUGGAUUUUAUAGAGUGAAGUAUUCUGACGACUUAAUUACUCUUCUCGAAAAGACUAAAAUAUCACAUUUGGAAGUACUGACUUUAUGUGACGAUUUAUUUACACUUGGAAAAUUGGGCGUUUUGUCCUCAACGCAGUACCUCAGUUUUAUUCGACAGAUCGAUCCAAUUACAGUCGAAACGUAUCAACUCUCAAGAUGUAUUUUAAAACAUUUCAGUGAGUUAAAAACUGUUUUUAAAGAUUCUCGAGUCAAACGAUACAUCAGACAACAAAUGAAACGACUGUUGUUUCCAAUUUAUAGUGAAUUGGGUUACAACGUCCAAUUGGGAGAGUCAAGUGAAGCCACAUCCUUGCGCUCUUGUUGUGUCGCUUUAUUCAAACGAAAAGAAUUCUACAACAACGCAAGUCGAAGUGUCUUGAACAAUGAAAUAGGAAGAUUGUCUGGUGAAUUAAUUUUACCGACUUGUUAUAUUGCAGGUAGAUAUGGGGACGAUGUUGUAUUUUCUAAAUUGUGUCAACUUUACACGACUGGAGAGACCGUUGAAAUUCGUCGAGUUGCGUUGAAAGCUAUUGCAUCGACCAAAAACGAAGAACUUAUUAAAAAAGCACUCAGUUUCAUCGAAUCGACGGUGAGGCAACAAGACGUUGGAUUUGCUUUUGCAGAACUGUUUAGUGGAGAGAGUGAAUUGCCUACAGAUUAUGUCAUCACCCACAUCAACGAUAUCAACAAGAAAUAUGGUGGUGGAAUGUCAUCAAUUCGGAAAUGUAUAUUGAAUUCUAUGUUAGGGAAAUAUUCGACUCGUGACCGUGUCAAUUUCUUCAUGAAAUUCUUUGAAGACCACAAGUGUGAAGGGUCUGAAAAUUGCAUUAAACAAGGGAUUGAGAAGAUGUCUACAAGAGCAUCUUGGCUUGAAAGAGAUUUUCCAAAUAUACUUCAAUGUAUAGAAUCAUAA